AGUUCUGAAGUUGAUGCAUUGGCGUUGAUGCACUUCUUUGUAUACAUGUAAUUAUAACUUCGUUUUUCCGAUUGCAGAUUUAAGCUUACAAAACAUGAAUAUCAUUAACGUGACAAAUCCAUUCGUUUUUUGUUCUUUAAUUAAAAUAUGUUGUUUUACGUUUGCUGUUUUCUUUUGAUACAAAUACGUAAUCACCUCAACGAAUUGUUAUUUUACUGCGUUUACUCUAAAAGCUUAUACUCUAAACUAAGGAGUAAUAGACUAAUUUCCUGAAAGCAUGGCAUAUUUUAUCGAGCUAGACUUCCCUGAUAACAUGAAUCUCUAGCAUGAAAUGACAUUGGUUUCUGUUGCAUGGUAAGGGACUCAUUGCUUCCCAUAACAUAAUAUUUCCAUCCUUUUACUGCAUGCGCUUUUUGACAGAGAUGAACUUAGAGGAGGACAGCGGCGUGUCAGUGAGUUGUGGCAACGGGAAACUUAGACAGUGGCUUAUCGAUCAGAUUGACAGCAGUAGGUAUCCCGGACUGGUUUGGGAGAACGACGAAAAAAGCAUUUUUAGGAUCCCAUGGAAACAUGCUGGUAAACAGGAUUACAAUCGAGAAGAGGAUGCUGCACUCUUCAAGGCCUGGGCAUUGUUUAAAGGGAAACACAGGGAAGGAGUGGACAAACCAGACCCCCCCACAUGGAAGACCAGACUGAGAUGUGCUCUGAACAAAAGCAAUGACUUUGAUGAGCUGGUGGAUCGAAGCCAGCUAGAUAUUUCAGACCCUUACAAAGUCUACAGAAUCAUACCGGAGGGAGCUAAAAGAGGGAUCAAGAUGGCAGAAACAGCAUCUUCACAGAUGGGCACGGUGAACAGCUACCCUAUGCAAUCUUUAUACUCAUCUCCGCAAAGCCAGGUGUCCGGCAGCUACAUGGUUCCCCUGGACAGGAAGGACUGGAGGGAGUACGGCCACGUGCUGGACCAGCAGCACCAGCCGGCUCAGCACCACCAGACUGGGCACACUGAGCUGCAGUACAACCAGUGCCACUACCCUCUCAGCCGGCCCUGGCACACAGAUAACGGUUUUCAAUUCACAGGCUCGUUUUGUUCCUACCCCUCCUCAGAGUCCCAUCACACAACGUUUACAAUGGACCACAAUAUGUCUAGCAUUUCUGACUUCCGCCUGCAUGUAUCACUGUUCUACCGCGAAUCACUGGUCAAGAAAGUCACCACCUCUAGUCCUGAAGGCUGCCGGAUCACCUCUUCUCCCUGUUCUUCUUCCUCAUCCUCGUCUUCCUCUCCCUCAUCCCCCUGCCCUGAGGACAGGUUGUACAGCGGAGCAGAGACGGUGCUGUUCCCUUCCCCCUACCCCCAGUCCCAGAGGAGGGGGGCUGAGAAGCUCCUUAACGUCCUGGAGAGAGGCGUGCUUCUGUGGUUGACGUCAGACGGGCUCUAUGCCAAGCGACUGUGCCAGAGCCGAGUGUACUGGGAGGGGCCGUUAGCACCCUACACGGACAAACCCAACAAACUGGAGAAAGAACAGACGUGCAAGUUGUUUGACACCCAGCAGUUCCUUACUGAGCUGCAGGGUUAUGCCCACCACAGCCGCCCCAUGCCAAGGCACCUGGUGGUGCUGUGUUUCGGAGAUGAGUACCCAGACCCCCAACGCCAGACGAAGAUGAUCACAGCCCAGGUGGAGCCGAUGUUUGCCAGAGACCUGUUAUACAUCACGCAACAGAGCAGCAAUGCUUAUCUGAGAAGCUACACCGAGAGUUCCCCUCCCAUUCCAGGCGACUACCAGAGAACCGUGCAACACAUGCAGGAGUGACAUCAGGCCCCAAUAGCCAUGGAAAUUACUGUAGAUAGGCCAUGCGAUUUACAUGACAACUACUGACCAGUUGACAAAAUACUCCAGUCUUGGACUGAAAUGCCACACUGUCAUUUCAACAUCUGACUGUAUUGCGCCUCCAUUAAUAUUGUCAAGUCUCAUAUUAUUGAUACAUUUUGUACAGCCUUACAGUUAUUUUAUGUAGUCAAGAAAUAGUUUUAUUUUUUAUUAAAGAAUGUGAAAAACUGAAUACUUGAAUAAUUAGCUAAUCUUUUCAUUGUACAUUGCUGCUGAUACUUUUGUUUUAAUAUACUGCUCGUGAUAUGGGGAUGUGAUUUGUUUAUUUUCCUGCACAUGCCUGUGAAUAGCUGUAGAAAAUUGGUUACACUAAUUUCUCAAUAUUGAGUUUACUUUUUCAACAUUCUUCACACAAAAUUCAUUCAGUGACCACAUCCUUCAAAAUGCAUGCAUUUCCACUCAAAUUCUGGCCAGUGUUACAAAUGUUUACAUACUCUUUUCAAACCUGUUACAGCUACAUCAAAAUAUUACACAAAAACAUGAUUGCAAUUUACUACAAGUUUUAUAUUUUUUACUUAAACAUGCACCCAGCCAUGGCCACAUCAGAUAUCUCUCCUGGAUGCAAUAAAUGCUGGAUUCAUUGAGAAAUGUGCAAGGAUGGAUCAGGCAUGUAAAGAGAUUCUUUCCCAGUUGCAUUGCAAGACAGGACAGGAUAAGGUGUGAUGUGGAUGAUAAUGUGUGGACAAAUGCAGAAGACAGGGUCUGUGUUGCUACAGAUCUGUAUCGAUUGGUAGAUAUCCUAUGUGUAUGUAAAGUGCACACAUUUGAUGUAGUAUAGUUCUGGAAUAACUAGUUUCAUUUAGUUUAUUCUGGAAUAAUUUUGGAUUUAAAAAAAGAAGCAAAUUGUGGCACUUCUGAUUCAUUCUUGUAACUAUGUACAGUAAAUAGAUGCCUUUCUUGUUUUGUAAAGGAAUGUUUGCUUAUUUAUCAAAUUCAAGGAUACAUCUUGUAUCAAAAUGAUUAAUCUUGUAAUGUUAUCUUUUAGUUCUUUUUAGGUGAUUGUGUUAUGAGUGACAGUUUUCUUGUUUUGAUAGAACCUUUUUAGUGUUUUGGUACAAUGGGUGGAUUUUGUAUGAAGUGUUUUGGUAGUUUUAGUGCGUUUUGGAUGUGAAAUUACCUGUUUUGCCAAGAUGCAUGUUGGUAAAGAGAACUGUGUGAAUAGUUUUGAAAAAGUGAACUCAGUAUUGGAUGUGCGUGUAACCAAAAAACUGUAAAUGAUUUUGAUGCUGGUUCUCUAUUUGUCCUUGAUAUAUUGUUUAUGGGAAUCAUCACUGCUCUGUGCAUCAGCCUAUAAGAAUUGAAAGAGUUUGGGAGUCAUUUUAUUGUGAAGACUGUGGGGGCUGAUGCGAAAAGUCCUGAAAAAUACCUCCUGCUUUCUGGUAAUGGUACUGGAGAGCAGAGGGACUUGCUUUUAAUGAGAUAUACGUGUGUGUUACUGUAUGUUAGGGUAUGUGUGUGUUAGUGUAUUUUAGGGUAUGUGUGUGUUAGUGUAUGUUAGGGUAUGUGUGUGUUAGUGUAUGACAUGGUGAGAGUAUAGAGGAUGCGGUUGGGGGCUGGGGUACAGGGACCAAUGUGAAGUAGAGGGCGACUGACUGAAGCAGGAAACACCAGAGACAGGUGCACAGGAAGUGGAGUAGCCCUCAAGAGAAAUGAAUGCAUAGAAAAAAAGAAGACCAAUUGUAUUUGAAUGAAGAGUACACGUGGAUCAUUGGUCUCACACACAGACAAUAUCUGUGUAGAAUCUUAUGACCCUUAUGUAGAAUCUUGUGAAUCUUAUUUAAAACAAUUAUUUUGGUUCUAUCAGUGUCUUGUGGAUUAUGGCUAGAGAGCAAUUUGCAUGACUCAAAUUUAAAACUGUAACUUGGGCACCUAGGAAUGUUCACUGUGUUCUUGGUAAGCAACUUCAGGUAAACCCAGUGCUGUUGGUUAUUGUUCUGUUGAAAGGUGAAAUGAUCUUCUAGUGUCUGGUGUAAAAUACAUUGAAGCAGGUAUUCCUUUAGGAUUUUGCUUCUGCUUAGCUACAUCCCAUUUCUUUUCUUUUUUUAAACAAUCCUAAGUCUUUGCCAUUGUCAUACCAGCCACCAUUAUCCUUAAAAAUAGGAAGCCAGCUUCUCAAUUAUGUGUUGGGUUGGAUUUAUCCAUAACAUAAAGCUUUGCAUUUUGGUCCAAAUUCUGUAUUCCUUUAAUAGCCAAAUACAGCUUUUUCCUCAUCA